UUGCAUGCGGCAGUUGUGGUUAGCUCUUUCUAAAAAUCCUGUAAACCAGUAAAACUUGUGCUAUAAUCACUAAAUAAUAUAGAAGGUUAUAAAUUAUCCAGUCAUGUACAAACGUACAUGCUUACACAUUUUCCAGGAUUUUUCCCGCCUAAAAUACAAGCCAGUUUUCACGCGACGGGCCUUUGCUUCAUCCUAUGUGGAGCAUUUAAAGAAGAGAAAUGACAACAUUAUCCUAAUGGGAAGUCCUGGUGCAGGGAAGACUACCGUUGGAAGAAUGGUGGCAGAGGCAAUGGGCAAGACAUCCAUUGAUGUUGAUAAUGAUCAUCUUGAGAAGGUCUGGGGUAUGACAGUUGCACAGAAGCUUACUGAGGUUGGGUCAGAUAGAUUCAUAGAAGCUGAAGGCCAAGCUCUACUGCAGCUUUGUUGUAACGAUGCAGUGAUAUCACUGUCUGGUUCCAACCCYAUGCAUAAGUCAGCCAUGAAGCAUGUACAGUCCCUAGGAGCUGUUGUGUAUCUUGACGUUGAUGAUGCUGAUAUACUGGGUCGUCUGGAGAGGAUGAAAGUUGAUAGGAUAGUUGGGCAAAAUGAUGGAAGCACAAUCAAAGACAUAUUAAAGUACCGGAAACAAUUCUACGAGACCAAUUACGACAUACGAAUAACCUGCGAAAUAAAUGAAUCUCCCGAACGUAUAACAGACAAGGUGAUACAAGGUGUGCGCUCCAUGGAAACACGGCCGUGUUACGUAAGCACAAGACACAAACCAGUAGAAUUCAAAGAAAACACUAGCUUCUUAGAUGUUGUGCUUCAGGGUCUUGCGGCUGAUGGAGGACUUUUCGUUCCUGCACAAAAGAUACCGCACAUGACUCUAGGUGAGUGGUCUAGGCUCACCCAAUGCACAUACCAAGAGCGCGCACUAAGAAUACUAGAAAAAUGGAUUUCGCCUCUCGAUCUUCACCCUUCCUUACUACAUCAAAUGAUCAAAAAGGCCUACCAUACAAACUUCCAACAUCGUGAAAUUGCACCCGUAAUAAAACUAAACGAUGACUGUUAUAUUUUGGAGCUUUUUCAUGGCCCGACUGCAUCGUUCAAAGACCUUGCUCUACAGCUAACGCCUCACUUCUUUCGCGAGGCUGUAAAUUCCUCAAAGAAUACUCGGAAGUAUCUUAUUCUAGUAGCUACAUCCGGAGACACUGGGAGUGCGGUGCUGGACGGAUUCGCAAACGACAGCUCUAUUAAAGUAUUCGUUCUUUAUCCCAAUGAGGGAGUGAGUCCAAUACAAAAAGCACAAAUGAUAACGAUGGAUAACUCGAGCGUCGACGUCCUGGGCGUUCAAGGUGAUUUUGAUUUUUGCCAAAGUGCAAUCAAAAACGUUUUCAACGAUGUAUCUUUCUGUAAAAGACUUCAAGAAAAUUUUGGUGUGAAUCUUACAGCUGCGAAUUCAAUCAACUGGGGAAGACUUGUUCCUCAAGUUGUCUAUCACGCCUCGUCGUAUCUUGAUCUUGUGAAGAAAGGAGUCAUUUCUAUGGGAGAUAAAGCUGACGUUUGUAUUCCUACGGGAAAUUUUGGAAACAUUUUAGCUGCGUAUUACUCCAAGGAAAUGGGAAUUCCAUUUGACAGGAUCAUUUGCGCAUCCAAUGAGAACAACAUCCUUACGGAGUUCUUCCACAGCGGUGUUUACGACAUGCGUGGAAGGAACCUUCUCUGUACCGCGUCUCCGUCCAUUGAUAUUCUAAAAUCCUCGAAUUUGGAGCGGUUCUUGUAUCACGUGGCUUCAAAUGAUGCUGAAUUGGUUACAAAGCUUUACAACUCUUUGGAAGAGAACGGACGUCUUCAGAUCUCAGAAUCCCUUCGUAAAAACAUUUCUUGUAAAAUCCAAUCUGGAUGGACAGCACAACAAAGAUGUCUCGACACCAUCAAAAAGGUCUCCAAUCAGACUGGCUACCUCCUAGAUCCGCAUACCGCGGUAGCUAAAGAUGUGGCUGAUCAAUUCACCACCCCUAAUAAACCCCUAAUAAUCUCAGCCACAGCUCACUACAGCAAGUUUGCUAAAGACGUGCUUGGAGCACUAGGAAAAGAACCUGUAUCAAAUGAACCUUUGACGCUGAUGAGAGAGUUACAAAGACUAGAUCCACGCCCUGGUAUGCAUAAGCGCCUUGGAAACGACGUGCGCAGGCCUGAAAUUCACAAGAGUAUUUGCCAAGCUAGCCUUGAAGCGAUUAAAACAACACUUGAGACGUUCUUGGGGUCUGACCGGGUCUCUUUGACAAGAACAAACAAGAUGGCGGGUGAAGUGAAGCUUCGAGGUGUGGACACAAACUUCGACCAUUAUACGGGUCUCUGAAAAGAAGAAACAAGAUGGCGUGUUGACACAAACUUCGACCAUUACACGUUGGAUCAUCAAGGAUAUGAAGUCUAGCUGAAUCUAUAAGUGUUAGUUUUAGAUGUUAUUUAGUAAAAUUACACCAGCGAAAACAAUUUUCUUUGAAUUGAUUGAGCACCAGUGUAAUUCUACUAAAUACUUAUUCACCACUGAUUGAGUGGAUUCUGGUUGAUAUUUGCCUCAAAUAUUGGCUGAUCUUCACUUUGUCUUUGGUGAAUAAUCUUUAAUUAUUAAUUCAUCUACAUAUAAUGCUUUGUUGUAUGUAGAUUUGUUUUCACCACUUUAAGAAUAAGAACUCAAACUAUCAAAGGUUGUGCAAGCUUUUCGUURCAAAUGAAAAGUGRCCACAUCUUUUGAAUUUUCUUACAAUUUACUAAAUGCUGGUAACUUAUGUACAUAUAAUGUCUCCUUUGGACGUGAUGACUGGCUGGCUUGGAUCAACUCUACAUAUUAUGACAUAUAUUUGAUUGAUUAUGAUUUUGAUUGUCUUUUGUUGCAUUUGACUGAUAUUUUUUGAUCUUUAUUUGUCUCACUUUGAAUGAUUCAUUUUACAUUUGAUUGAUUAUUGAUGUACCAGAAAAAGUUUCUUUCAAAAUUUUGUAUAUUCUAUUCAAACUACUUCUAUGAAUUUUUUCCCAGAGACAAGCAAUGAUUUAAG